AUGGGAAUCUGUUUUGAAUGUAAAAAGCCAACUGAUUUGUAUUGUGUCCAUCACAAAAAACACAUUUGCAUUGAAUGUAUAUUCAAAGGCCAUGUCAAUUGUACUGUUUGUAAAUACCGUGAAUAUGUAGAAGAAAACCGUGAGGAAGUGAAUAAUUGUAUAAUUUGCAGCACUGAAUUGACAUCAAAAGAGACUGUACGCUUGCCUUGUUUUUGUGUGUUUCACAAAGACUGCUUAAUUUCUUUGUUCGACCAAUCAAUAGAAGAGGUUAAAUGUCCUAAAUGCCAUCAACCAAUUUUCACACAACAAGACAUUCCAAAUCAAAUCAAAGACCAAUUAAUCUCUACGUUUGCUGGUAAAUCUUAUCUUCAACCAUUUCUUGAGUUAAAUCCUCCUAAACAUGAAGAAGAAAUAGAUAUGACUGCAGCAGUUUUAUUGAACGAAACUCCAAAAGAAAUAAAACAACUCCCACAAGAAAAAGAAGAGCAAGACAAUGUCGAAUAUGUCCAACAAGAAAUCACUAGUUUAAAACGUAAAGACGACAAAGUAGAAGGUAGUGAAAAUAAUGAAGUUGCACCAACUAUAGAAUUUGACGUGAGCAGUGAUGAAGAUGACCAUGGAAGUAAGAAAAAAGAAAUGUCUUCUAUUGGAAAGAAUUUCAUUCAAACAUUAGGAAAGAAGAACAAAAUAUCUGGAAGUACUCUUUUGAUUUUAUUUGGGUUAAUGGUUGUACUAGUUGUUUUUAUGGUUGUUGUUUAUUUCAUUGGUAAUAAAGACACAUAA